AUGACCCUAAAAUAUCAGCAGAUCAUCUGUUACCUCUGCUCUGUGGACCAACACAAGGGCCAUAACACAGUGUCCUCUGCAGCAGAGAGGGCCCAGAGACAGGCACAGCUGCAGGCCAACAAGUCCCUGCUGUUCCAGAGUCUCCAGCACAAAGAGACAGACCUGAAGAAGCUCCAACAGGACGCUCUGCCCAGAGAGCACUGCAGCAAAAGGGACAUCUGUGAUCUGAAGAAGACCAUCUCUGAGCUGGACACACUGUCCCUCACUCCAGAUCAUAACCAGUUUAUACUGCACUGUCCGCCACUGUCCACACUCACGAAGAGAACAGAGUCCAGUGUCCAGAUCGGACUAAAGGGGGACUUUGAGGACAUGACCAGAGCUGUGUCAGUGCUCAGGGACAAAGUGCAGCUCACUAUCAGAGAGUUUAAGCUGCCUCAACCUGGGCUAUGCACCAGAGAGGACUUCAUCAGAUACUCACAGGACAUUAAAAUGGACCCAAACACAGCACACAAACAAUUGUCUCUGUUUGAUGGAAACAGAAGAGUCACAGUUAGGAAUAAAGAGCAGAGGUGUCCUGAUCACCCUGAGAGGUUUGUUGAAUGGCGGCAGGUCAUGAGCAGAGAAAGUCUGACAGGCUGCUGUUACUGGGAGGUGGAGUGGAGCGGGGACUUGAGGGUUCGCAUAGCGGUGUCCUACAGGGACAUUAAGAGACAAGGGACUCCCACUGAAUGUCUGUUUGGGGACAAUGAUAAAUCCUGGGCCUUAUACAGCACAGAAAAUAAAUACUCAUUUUGGUUCAAUAAUGUGGAGUCUAAGGUGUCAGGUCCAUUUUCGUCCAGAAUCGGGGUUUACCUGGACCACAGUGCAGGGCUUCUGUCCUUUUACAGUGUUAAGGGUCAGAGCAUGAACCUCCUCCACAAAGUCCACACCAACUUCACUCAGCCUCUGUUCACUGGUGUCCGUUUUUACACAUUUGGAGACACUGCUCACUUCAUUAAACUAAAAUAA